AGUCCAAAUUGCCCUGGCUUAAAUGGGGUCCUCACAGGCGAAAUGACCAAAAUACUCUAGGUUAAUCGGAGUCUUCACCGGAAAACGGCCGAAAUGAGUAAAUCGACCAAACUUAAUUUAUUUCGGGGGUUAAAUUGAUGAAUAUGGAAUUAAGGGACAACAUUGAUAGUUCGCCAACAAUUGAGGGACCAAAUAGGUGAUUUACCCUUAAAUUUUUAUGUUUAAACUAAUUUUUGAAAUGGCAUGCUAAAUACGGGUACGGAUCGAACCUGGACAUUGUACAAAUACAGGCCCCAACAGAACUUAACGGGUAGUUACACUGUCACUCUCCUGCUUCACUUCUGCUAUGUCUAACCUUCCUCGGCUUCAACACAAGCUUAAGCUUUGCACAUUCUGCUCCUUCUAGGGUUUCGUUUCUCUGCAUUUCUCCCCACACCAUUCAAAAUGCGCCUUCCCUUCCGCCUCCGCCUCCGCAUUCUCUUUGCUUUUACUCUACUCAAGCCCUAAACAUUUCUUAUUUUUAUCCCAAUCGGAGUGGGUCCGGGGGAUUUCAGCCAAUGUCGCGGGUGAAAUCUAUGAACCACGCCGAUCCGGAGCUCCGGCCUGUGCUCGGCCCGGCCGGUAACAAGGCCAGAUCGGUGGAAUUGCGGAAGCCCGUCGAGAAAUUGAAGGCGGCGGCCAACAAGGCGGAGAAGCCAGCAGAGGGCGUUGAGAAGAAAUUCCAAGCAAUGCCGGCGGAAUCACGGUCGCCGGAGAAAAAAUGUGGUUCAAUUCUGAGGCAGCAGCAGGAGCACAGGUCGUUUCUGAUGAGGUCGAAUUUGUGGAUGAAUGCUUCUUGCUCCUCCGAUGCGUCGUCUGAUUCCUUUCAGAGCCGGGCUUCCACGGGGAGAGUUAGCAGACGGAGCGUGACCCCCUCAUCAGCUCGGAGGAAGCAAUGUAGCUCGAAAGUGGAGAAGAUUGAUAAAGUUGCUAGUGAAGCUGAGAGCUUGUCUGUGAGUUCUGAAGAUGCCUCUGUAGUGAAGAAAAGAUGUUCUUGGGUGACAUCGAAUACUGAUCCAUUAUAUUCUACUUUUCAUGAUGAGGAAUGGGGCGUGCCAGUCCAUGACGAUAGGAAGCUAUUUGAACUACUAAGUUUAUGCACUGCGUUAGCUGAACUUACAUGGCCAGCCAUUCUCAGCAGAAGGCAAACAUUCAGGGAGGUGUUUCAAAAUUUUGAUCCUGUUGCUGUCUCGAAACUAAAUGAAAAGAAGAUAAUGGCACAGGGAAGUCCUGCCAGCUCUCUUUUGUCGGAGUUAAAGCUGCGGGCAGUUAUUGAUAAUGCACGCCAAAUAUGUAAAAUAAUUGAUGAACUUGGGUCCUUCAACAAAUAUAUAUGGGAUUUUGUGAACAAGAAGCCUGUAGUCAAUAAUUUCCGCUAUCCACGACAAGUUCCCAUUAAGACAUCCAAAGCUGAAAUGAUAAGCAAAGACCUAGUGAGAAGAGGCUUCCGUGGCGUUGGACCCACUGUUGUCUACUCAUUCAUGCAAGUUGCUGGAAUUACAAAUGACCAUCUCGUCAGUUGCUUCAGAUUCCAUGACUGUAUAGCUGCAGCCGAUGCAAGUAACACAGGUAACAGCCUCAGGGCCGUUGAGGCCCAUGUAAAACAACUCGAGGAUGAAACCGAAUUGGGACUAGUUAGGGCUAUUGAUGACUUGAACUUAUCGUCAUAGCUCCACGUUGUUUACUAGAUGCAUUGUAAUUCACACUUACAGAAGGGCGAGAAAACUUUCUCAACCUCCCCCCCCCCCCCCCCCCCCCCCCCC